UGGCGUUUCCAUAGCGACAUUGCAUCCAGAAUGCUUAAGUACGGGCUUUAGACGGCAGGGUCCCGGAUGUUAAGUAACGUUGUUAGACGUAACGUAAGAAUGCAACUUCUCAUGUAAAAGCCCUCGCGCAGAAAUCGCUCCUAGUCGCGUAUUCCCUUUGAUUUUCGAAAGCUGCUCUCUGGAGGCGAGGGGUUUUAAAGCGGCCGGAUGACGUCAGCGUCUCCACGCAGCCGCCAAAGAGAUCAGACAAAGCGUGCCGCCGUUUUUUUCUUCUUUUUUUUUCUACAAACGCUCACGAUCGGAGGUUUGUAACGCGGUUGUUAAUCCAUUCCGAAUAAUGUCCGUGUUUUGUCCCUUUUCGCGGGGAGGGAGCACGUCCCGGGGCGUGUGGGCGGUUACGGGCGCUGUGCGUGAUUCACAAACCUUAUUUGUUCGUACUACUUUGAGCGCCAUCUUGUUUGUAACUCUUCUACGUAAGUGGUAGAGUUCCUACCGAGGGGGGUGUCCGAUUACCCUUUUUCCCGGCGUUAGUCUGGAAAGCUCUCCCUGUAGGGCGCGUAUUGCCUUUGCUUUGUCUCCUAUUCAAAAAAAGGAAGAGAAGCCGCAGUCUUUCUAACUGGACAGAAAUGAGCAUCGAAACGCUUCUGGAAGCAGCCAAGUUUUUGGAAUUGCAAGCCCAGCAACAACAUAAAGCACGUGAGGAUGAACAAAAGGAAAAGCAACGUCUGGAGCAGCUGGCGGAGCAGAGGCACUGUGAUGUGAACUAUAACUCAACGCUCCACAUCAACAAUGUCCCUAAAGCGGAGGAGCGCCGCCCGCUGCCCGUCCCGCCAUCUCUGGCUCCCCCCCCCAUGUCCAUCACAGUCAUCCCCAUCCCCGUGGUCGCCCCCAACCCGGGGGGCUCACCCACGCUGCCCGUCGCCACGCUCUCCCCUCCAGCCGCCGCCGCCGUUCUGCCGCGCUCUCCCCAAACCAGACCCGACCACACGACCUCUGUGCUGACCGCCAACCACAAGCAGGUGAUGCAGAACCACCACCAUCACCACCACCACCACCAACAGCUCAUCGCCCAAACCCCCAACGCCAAACUCCAGCAGCUGGUUCACCGCUACCCGGGCUCCAUCGUCUCCCCCCCCCAACAACACGCCUUACUCCCCCAGGGGGGCACCGCCGCCCAGCAGGCGCCGCCGCCGCCGCUACAGGACGGCCCCGUGAGCCGGGGGAGUCCUCCGGACGACGGCCGCCAGCUGGACAAGAAGCGGCCCGGGGGGGCAGGCACAAGAGAAGUGCAUAACAAGCUUGAGAAAAACAGACGAGCACAUUUGAAGGAGUGCUUUGAGACGCUGAAGAAGAACAUCCCCAACAUCGACGAGAAGAAGACCUCCAACCUGAGCGUGCUGAGAAGCGCGCUGAGAUACAUUCAGACGUUGAAGCGGAAAGAGAAGGAGUACGAGCACGACAUGGAGCGGCUGGCCAGAGAGAAGAUCGCCACGCAGCAGCGGCUAGCAGCGCUGAAGAACGAGCUGAGCCAGUGGAUGGACGUGAUCGAAAUCGACCGCGUCCUCAGGCAGACCGUGCAGCCGGAGGAGGACCAGGCGUCCACCUCGACGGCCUCAGAAGGUGAGGACGUCAUGGACGAGGACAUGGAGGAUGAGAGCGCUCCGAGAGCACAGGCCGCCUUGCCCACCGCGCCUCCGACCAUGAAACCUGGGCCGCACGCAGCUCGCGUACCUCCCCAGACCCCAACCCUGAUACCCACCACUACCUCCUUCAUCACCCAACACAUCUCCAUCCAGCACCACCCUCAGCUCCAGCCGCUGGCCGUGACUCCUCCGCUGCCAGUGUCCAAGCCCGCCGCCCGCCUCACCCCCAGUCAGCCCCUGAUGCCCACCCACGCGCAGAUGGUGAGCGCCUCCAGCCUGCACCCCACGGUCAUUGCCCGUGCUUCAGUGUCCCACCCGUCGGUGAUCCAGGCGGUCAACCACGUCAUCCACGGGGGGGGGCCCAAACACAUUGCCCACCUCGCUCCAUCCACGACCGCCAGCGGCGUCCACCUGGCCCCCGGCCACCAACCCAUCGGCCACAUCACCAUGCACCCGGUGGCCCACCUGAGCCAGCAUCUGCCCGCCCUCUACCCCCAACCGGUGGCGGUCACGCAGUCGGCUGUGGUCGGUCACAUCACCCACACGCUGAACCACGGCCACCCGCACAUGAACGGCGCCGCCGCGACCAGCCAACCGGCCGCCGCCAUUGUCGGCAAGCAGACAGCAGUGAGCGCCCAGAUGGUGACCCACCACCCGCAGCUGGUGGGUCAGACGGUGCUGAACCCUGUGACAAUGGUGACCAUGCCCUCCUUCCCCAUCAGCACCCUGAAGCUGGCUUGAACACUGGCUUGGACCACCAGGCUGGGAGACGGAGACGCCCCCCGCUCAAAAGGCGAGUGGAGGGGGCGGGCGGGCGAGCGGGGGAGAGGGGGAGAACAGGCUGCCCGACGAGGCCGCGAGAGCCGCUGGACGCCUCCGGCACCAGAAGUCAUCAAGAAGCAGCACAGCUGAUACGAAGCCAGGAACAUUCCUUCAACGAACCCUCUUUCCAUACUCGUCCACCACAGGGUCUUGAGAUCUUGAUCUUCAAUUUAGGACAUUGUUGGAAGUCAUCACGUUGUGCGUUUGUUUGUGUGUGUGCGGCAAUAUACGGGCAGAUGAAUUCGACCGUCACAUGUCACCGGCGUUGCAUGAGCUUUCGCAGAAGCUGCUUCGUAGAGCAAAGGGCCGCCACGCGAGGACGGCGUUUGCGUCCGCGCCCCCGGUUGUGUUCACGUAGGAGCUGGGCGGGGGGGCGGGGAUGAACUAGUAGUAGAUCAUGUGUUUCAGAGGCUGCACCGUAAGCUCAAGAGUGCGAAACCAGUCAUAACCAGCGCGUUGGGAAUGUGAUUUAGAGGCGCUCCGCCUCCCCAGAGGAGGCGCCCGGGCUGCACGGAAACCACGGACUGAAGCCUGAACAGAAGCUGCAGUCCCGGGCGACGGCGCGUACAGCCACAGCGCGCCCUGCUGGCUGACUUGAAGUUGUCGAUGACGAUUAAAAGAAGAAAUAAAAAAAGUUUCAGUUAAGUCAUUUGUCGAUGGGUAAUUUAGAAGAGCAACUUAAGAACAGAAUAUGCAGUUUUGUCAGGGUUUGGUUUUAAGUGUUGGACACUCAAAUUGUUACUUUCCGCUCGCUGAGCACAAGAAAGUUAAAGGAUGAAGUUUUGUUUGUCACAGCUGCUAUGUAUUUUUUUCAAAUUUCUUUUUAUGUUUUGGCCAAAUAAAAUCCAGUUUUAGAUGCCCCUUAAAUGUAAACACCACAACACAGUAGUGUGUUUAAAUACUAAACGUGUGAGAAACAAACCGGGACACCGCGAGGGGGGAUAGAGUGUUCCCGGGUUUUGAAUGUGAAUACAUUAAAAAAAAAAAAAAAGGUCCAUAAAAUGUAGUUAAGUGACUUUGGUAGGAUGUGAGUCUGCGUGCUGUGAAAGCAUUGGGGAUCAUGUCGAAGGAGCCGUGGCGCGAAGUGAUCUGGACAAUGUGUUUUAUUUAAGAUCAUCCUUUUCCAAAGCUUAGCACUGUGAACAUUUCUAUAGUCUCCAUGAGCAGUUUAGCGUAGCACUUGCUAGAAGAGCAGCAGGCCGUGUUCUCCUCGUUUACUCUGAAUGUACUCGUCUAUGAAAGAGGUGGAGCGGCGCGCUCGUCAGAAGUUAAGCCCGCCUUCCCCCCUUUUUAAAAAAACAAACAAAACAAAUGCGAUUACUUUAUUAAAGUAUCUUGUGUAACAUUUAAAGAUGAUUUUUUACUUUUAAGACUUACUGUUGCUUGUUUCAUCUGGAGAAUUUUUUUUUUUUAAUGUCCAGACGUAUGUGAAAGUAUGGAUUGUUUUUUCACCUGGGACCAUGUACAGUGCUGUACAUCAGGGAGGACUCUCCCCCCCUUGAUGUUACGUUUGGAAAGAGUAUUCUCCCCGUAAUUGUUAUCUAUUUCGUUCUGAUGCAAUAUGAUUAAAGCGCGGAAUCUUAGCUUUGACUAAAUAGUUGAAGAGAUAAAGUAACUUUUUUUUCAUCCUCGUGUUAUGCAAGUAAUAUUGAACAAAUCAUAUUGUAGCAAAACAAAAUGUGUACAAACAAACAAGGAUUCAGAUACUUGAAGCAACAAUAUACUUGUGUGUUUUCCCUAUGGAGAAAGUUUGUAUAUAGCCUGUAAUUGUUGGGCUGCAUUUAGAUCUAAUUGUAUUAUGUAAAAAGCUGGGGAAAGUAUGUAAAAUAAAAAUUUAUAAAAAAUAUACUUAAUAAAUUGAAUUAUGUUUA